AUGUCUCGCUCGCAGUGGUGGCGCCUCCAGCCCCAGCAUAGGAAUCGCGUGGCCGCCUUUUUUGGUGAGCUAGUGGCCACCGCUACCUUCAUAUUUGUCGCCUGCAUGGGUUGUGUCCAGACGCCGCUGUUUCUCAACUCGCAUUUCCAGAGUGCUUUGAACUUUGGCCUAGCCAUAUUGAUUGCCAUCCAGUGCUAUGGCUGCGUGUCCGGUGCCCAUCUCAAUCCUGCCAUAACCUUGGCCGCCUGGAUCUUUGGCGUGCUUACCUGGCGCAUGGCCAUUGCGUAUUUCGUGGCUCAGGUGGCUGGCGCCUUGAUUGGCUAUGGCCUGCUCGUGGCUGUGAUGCCCUACAAUGCCAUUAAGGGUGUGGACAAUCCAGCAGGCGUGUGUGUUACAGUUCUUGCCACGGAUAUAACCGUAUUGCAAGGAGUGUUCAUUGAGUUUCUCAUCACUUGUUGCUUGGUAGCCGUGGCCUGUUCUGUUUGGGACCCGCGCAAUGCCAAAUUCAAGGACUCGGUGCCAGUAAGAUUUGGCCUGUGUGUGUCUAGUUUAAUUUUAACAGCGGGUCUCUUUACCGGCGCCAGUAUGAAUCCUACCCGCUCCCUAGGACCUGCUGUGUGGAAUAAUUCCUGGGAGCAUCAUUGGAUUUAUUGGGUUGGACCACUAGUGGCUGGCCUGGUCGCUUCACUCAUCUACAGAUUUGCUUUCAAAGGUGACGAGGAGUUUGAGCUGAGAAGUUCCACUGCAAAACUCCGAGUCAUCGAAGAGGUUAUAGUUCCUGCUCCAUAAAAAAAUUGU